AUGCUCGCCGCUAGACCCGACACGCGACUAGCUCAAUCCUUCGGCUUCCCGAUUGGUCGUCUAUACACCAACGCUCUUCAAUCUUUCCUAACUCGUUCAUCAAUCAUCGACAUAUCUCGUCCUUCAGGAAAUCGAGGGGAAAUGGCGAGGACGGACCUACAGAUAUGUUCCAAGCCUGAAGGUAGACACUCUCUACUGAUCGAUGCGGAUACACCUAUCCAGAGACUGCACGACGAGAUACUUUGGGACAUUUUCAACCUGAACACUGAUUGGGACUUACUCUCCUCAGAGGAAGCCAUCCGCACGACAUUGGCGAGUUCGCAGGUCUGCCGCUCUUGGCGAGCGUUGGCACUAGGAUCGCCGUCUUUGUGGGCAUCAGUAGUGGAUAUUUCAACCUUGACUCCUGAGGGCGUGCAUGAAGUUCUGCAGCGCGCUGGAGGUCUACCCCUCUCAGUAACAGCAGGGGUCUACCGUGACGAACCGGAAACACGGGAGGGGAUGAUAGUGUUAGACCGAAUUUGGCCGCAGAUCCAGAGCCUUAAGCUCAAAGUUAGGGAAGCACUCGUCGGCGCACCUUCAGCCGUCUGGGAUACUUUAUACCGCCCUUCCAUCACUCUCAAGUACUUCACCUUCAGGCUCAUCACCUACUCGGGAAAUCAGUACACACCAUUUCUCCAUCAUCUCCCCGGCCUUUUCUCUGGACAAGCACCUCUACUAACAUCGUUUUCAAGCCCAUUUUGGGAAGACAUCGACCUGAGCGCUGCUUGGGUUUCUCAAUUACAACAUCUUUCAUUAGGCACUCAAGUAGCAAGCGAGACUGGAAGCGCCAUUACGGUCUCAAUGCUGCUGGAUGCAUUGAAGAAUAUGACCUGUCUGAAAUCCCUCAGCUUCGUACCCCCGCUCGCAAUUACUGCGGAAGAACUACAAACAACACUUCCCACUGCCUGGCUCCCAUCCCUUUGUUCCCUUAGUGUUUUCACGUCCGACUACGUCACCCUCUCCUCUUUGCUUACCCACCUCAUUCCAGCUGUUGGCUGUACCACACGAGCCUCUAUCUGGACGUGGGAGAGUAAUUGGAGAACGACCAUCUCCGAGGCCUGUAGGACAUCCAUCGAGAAGGCACUCUUGACACACGCAAAGGGGUGGUUUGCAAUUAACGCCGAUCGUGACACACUCAGCCUCAACCUGCGCCGAUAUCACGUCUUCCUCGAUCAGCAUUCAAAGCGGUGGCCCGUACAUGACACUCUCAGUGUCGACGUUUCGAAUACUGUCGACACCGAGGAAUCACAAGAUUUUUUCUUCGUCCUUAGCAUUUAUCUACCUCAUCGCCUCAACCAAGUCACCAUACUCAAUUUGGAGCUCGAGUCCAAGGUCUUCUCUAAUCCACAUGUCCGAACCUUCCUUCUUUCACUUCCCAACGUCGCCACGCUGAAGACUACCAUCCAGUCCCUAGCAGCCCUGAGGCGCGACUGCGUUAUCACCACCUCCAGUGCGAUCCCAUUUCCAAAACUCGCCCGCGUCUGCCUUCGCACCCUCAGCGUACCGGUUUGGAUAAAGGCUCCGGACCCACGUGCCGAGAAAUUGUGCAAGUCGUUCCUCACCUGGCGUUCCCGGAUUGGGCACCCAGUAGCCGUCUUCGACUUCACGAAGUGCCAGGACCUCGUCUCGAUGGCCGUGUUGGACGAAAUCAACGGGCUAAAGGUUUGUUGGACAUCCAGCACAGGCAUGCCGAUGGAGUAUAUUUGCGGGUCUGGGAAUCCGUCUAUUCUCCAAAGUUGGGCCCCCGAAGCAGAUAUGUACUGCAGCGUGUGCAAGAUCACGGGCUACAUUGAAAAGAUCAAGACCUCCGGGGAAGAAUGCGCAAGUUCCAGCGUUGCCUGUCCUGCAUGCAAAGAACUGUCUGCCCUCGACGCUCAAAUCGCCCUUGCUCGAAAACUCCUAUCAGCUCUUUACCUCAAACGCUGUGACGUGAAACUACGGCGAAACCUGCACCAUGACCAGCUCGUCCGACGUCUCCCGAUGGAAGUCCCAGAACGUGAUGCCUACACUGCACGAGAAGGACGGCCAGAGCGCACGAACCCGGUUGGCCUUGUCCUAGCGGCGGUCUGCCAACGCUGGCGCCAAAUCGCAUUCGCAACGCCGCGUCUCUGGACCGUCGCACGCAUCAAGAUAUCCAGUCAUACCAUCGCUCUAGACUCCAAGAUGACAUCCGAGUGGCUAAGACGCUCAGGCUGCCUUCCCCUCUGGCUAGAUCUCUACGAGGACAGGCUACACAGAACUUAUGCUUGGCACAGAAGGCACCGUGAUAACCCGCCUCCAGGAGCCUUUGAUCCUACCCCUCUCUUCAGUGUCAUCAAUCACCACAUUUCCCGCGUGGAAGCCUUAGAAGUGAACUUCGAGAGCAAAUACCUCACCCUGCUACGCGGCAAAAGCCCCAUCCUUCGCCAGCUCUACCUAACCCUCACAGACAGGCAAACAGAGCUUUCCUCUACCCUCUUCCGCCCCGCAGACACAAGAUCAAGCCCAUAUAGAGUCAUCCUCCGAAACGUGCCUUAUACGUCAGUUGACAUCGACUGGGCGUCAGUGACGCACUUCGAAACCUUUUCUUUGACUCUCGACGAGUCCCUCCUCCUCUUCCAGCAUUCGCCGCGAUCAACGCACUGCGAAAUCGGGAACAUCACCACGAGCACUACCGCCUCCGACUCACUCACUUCUCCGCAUAUUACCCUCUCCUUCCUCCAAACCCUUGUCCUCGGGCAUGGCCGCGACGGCCCAUCCGCGCUGCUUACACGCCUCUUAAUUCCUGGACUUCACACACUCCAAACCGCGGUCAACAUAGACACGAGUGAAGAGGCCGCCUCAGGGCUCAUCGAACUGCUCGAGACGAUGCCCUCUCUUACAGAGCUGACUGCGUCGCUUGUGGAUAUCCGCGAAAUCUUCUUUGAGCACUUGGCCGAUACCGCCUACGUAGGGGAGAUUGCACCCCCAGCGGUGCCGUUUCUGCCCCGUUUACGUGUUCUCCGCCUCAGUGGCACCCCGUACUUCCCAUGGUCGUGCCUGCCUCCUCUCUUCUCGCCGAACAACAUGGAACCGGACGUCGUUCUGCGGCCCUUAUCCACCUUGCAUCUCAGCCUCUCUUUCUUCUCCGUGGAUGUGGAAGAAGCCGUUGGCCAGACUCCGGAGGCGAUAAAUGAAGAUGUCAGGCAGCGACUUUUAGAGCUCAGAGCAGAAGGGAAAGAGAUAGACAUAACAGAUGAUACCGACAGUUUACUUUGA